GGUGUCUUUCUUCUUCAUUCUCCCAAAAUAUUCAGACGGAAAAGUUUCAAAGUUUCUCUGAAAAAUGGCUUCAAGAAAUGUUAUUCAACAGCAGAAUAAAGGUGAGGUAGUUGUCCCUGGUGUAGUAAAGCAGAAAAAGAGUAUGGCAGCAGAAGGGAGAAAUAGAAAGGCGCUUGGUGAUAUUGGGAAUCUGGCUACAGGCCGUGGAGUCGAAGGAAAGCCACUUCCUCAGAAAUCUGUGGCUGUUAAUGUAAAAGUAGCAAAUGUUGCUAAUGGAGCACAAAAAGUACCUGCUGGAAGGAAACCAACUCAGAAGAAAGCCACAGUUAAGCCAAAGCCUGAGGAGAUUAUUGAAAUUAGUCCGGACACUCGAGAGAAACAAAUGGAGAAGAAGAUGCUAAGGAAGAAGCAGGCUGCUGAAGACAUUUCAAAGAAGAAAUCAACUCUUACUUCGACCCUCACUGCUCGAAGCAAGGCUGCAUGUGGUCUGAGUCAGAAACCAAAGGAACAGAUUGUGGACAUUGAUGCUGCAGAUGUGAACAAUGAAUUGGCAGUUUUGGAAUAUGUUGAAGACAUUUACAACUUCUACAAACUAGCUGAGAGUGAGACAAGAGUUCAUGACUACAUAGAUUCACAGCCUGAGAUAAGCGAAAAGAUGAGAGCAAUUCUGAUUGAUUGGUUGAUUGAAGUCCACCUCAAAUUUGAACUUAAUCAAGAAACUCUUUACCUCACAAUCAACAUUGUUGAUCGCUAUCUCGCUGUCGAGACUUCAUCAAGAAGAGAAUUACAGUUGGUGGGCAUUAGUGCCAUGCUCAUAGCCUCCAAAUAUGAAGAAAUUUGGGCUCCUGAGGUCAAUGACUUUGUGUGCAUCGCAGACAAAACUUACAGUCAUGAUCAGGUGUUAACUAUGGAGAAACAAAUUCUUGGGCAACUGGAAUGGUACCUAACAGUCCCAACACCUUAUGUGUUCCUCGUACGUUUCAUUAAAGCUUCUCUGCCUGAUUCAGAAAUGGAAAGCAUGGUAUAUUUUCUGGCUGAACUGGGGUUGAUGAAUUAUGCAACCGUUAUCUACUGCCCAUCGAUGAUUGCUGCCUCAGCUGUCUAUGCUGCUCGACACACUCUCAAGCGGACACCAUUUUGGAAUGGGACACUUAAGCUGCACACUGGUUUCACAGAGUCUCAAGUAAUAGAGUGCGCGAGGCUGUUAGUUAACUAUCACGCUGAAGCUGCAAAUCACAGGCUAAAGGUGAUUUACAAGAAGUACUCGAAUUCUGAGAGAGGUGCUGUUGCAUUAUUACCUCCAGCCAAAUCCCUGUUGGAUGCAUCAUCAUCAUCAUGCUAGCUGAAGCUGCCCCAAAAUGCAAGAUUCCCUACUGACUGGGAAGAUGACUUAAUCUUUGUUUCAUCAAUCAAGAAUCCCCCUUGUUUUGUUGCUCCCUUUUAUUUUGGUUUCUAUAAAUAGUGCUACUUGAGCUCCAAGUAGUCUAAAUUGAGAAAUGGAAAUUUGGAACUUAAAUUCUUGA